AUGACGGAGCUGACUACUGAUCGACAUAUUGAUAUUGCCAAUACUGUUGGAGUGGUUGCGGCAUCUCUGGCAACGGGGCAGCAGCUCGACGAGUUUGAAUAUAUGGAGCUGUCCUAUGGGACCACUCUGAUCAAUGAUCUCGUCGAUCUCCGAAGCGAUACGAUGCGCAGACAGAGGGAGAACCCCGUUCUGAGAGGGGUACGAGGGUCGGUGUAUAAAUAUCUCAACAAACAGAUUCUCAGUUGCUUAUCUGUCACGACAGAGCUCGUUGAGUCCGAGCAAUUACUGGCCUUGGUGAUGAUGGCUUUUUGCAACUGGACUGUCAUGGCUUCUCACCAAAAUCUAUAUGAGUUAAUCCACGAGACUCGUGAAAACCCAGAAGUUCAGAAAUGCAGCUACGAUGGACUUGAAGAGCAGUGUGAUAGAUUGGUCAAGGCGUUGCAACCAUAUGGAUCGCUAGGGCGGGAUGGUCUGCACUAG